ACCACCUGCCGCCGCCACCACCACCAUCACCACUGAGCAAGGCUGGUCAUGACGAGUAUGAACUGCCCAGGGAAGGAAGGUGGAGGGAGCAGGAAGAGGAAUUUGGCCUUGCUGAGGAAUAAGCUGUACGUGGGGGAGAGGAGGAGGACAGAGCCUGUGAUGGAGAGCACGGCCGACCCUGGGGACCAUAGCACCUUGAGGAGGAGUCAGUCUGACAGGACAGAGUACAGCCAGAAAUUACAAGAAAAAAUGGCCCCACAGGUGGGGUCCACAACCCCUGCUGCUUCGCUGCAGGAGGAUGAAGAACAAGUCAGCAGACGCAUGAUGGCCAAGAGGGUGAAAAUCAUCACAGAACUCAUGCAGACAGAGAAGGACUAUAUCAGCGACCUGGAUCUCUGCAUCAAGGAAGUGAUUCAGCCCCUGAGAAACAAGCAGAUUGCUCGCUUUGACGUGGAUGGCUUGUUUAGCAACAUUGAAUUGGUCCAUCAAGUAUCAGCCAAACUGCUGUCAUUGUUGGAAGAAGCCACGACAGAUGUGGAACCACCCAUGCAAAUAAUCGGGGAAGUGUUCUUGCAGAUUAAAGGCCCACUAGAAGACACAUAUAAAAUCUACUGCUAUCGCCAUGAUGAUGCACACACCAUGCUGGAAUCCUAUGAAAAGGAUGAAGAACUGAAGCAGUAUUUGAGAGACUGUGUACAGUCCUUAAAAAAGAUAUAUGAGGAAGAAGGAAAGCCAAAUCUAAUGGACAUGGGAUCCCUGAUGAUCAAACCAGUGCAACGGGUGAUGAAAUACCCCUUGUUACUCUGUGAACUCUUGAAUGCUACUCCUGCUUCUCACCCUGACCAUAAGGUGCUACAAGAUGCCCUUUCUGCUAUGAGAAACAUAAAUGUGAACAUUAAUGAACUUAAAAGGAGGAAAGACUUAGUGCUGAAGUAUAAGAGGAAUGAUGAUGAUGAAACCCUUAAAGAAAAGUUUUCCCGACUGAAUAUCCACUCUAUUAGCAAGAAAUCCAAGAGGGUCACCAGCCACCUGAAAAUACUGACGGGGGGAGAACCUCAGGUGAAAGAUCAAACUUUUAAUAAGGAAGAAAAGUUGUUUCGAAGUUUAGAGAAGACUGUGAAACUGUGUGUGAAGAACAUUGCACUCUUCUCACAACAUCUACAGGAUUCUAUACAUCAGGCUGCACAGAAUAUAACUGGUCUGGAGGAAAUCUUGCAAGACAAAGAUGAUGAAGUCAACAACUGUUUGAAAACAAGGAACAACAGAACAAAUCUCUGUGAAGACCUGAUGGCUCAGCUGGACAAGCUUGUUUUGACUCCUCUCUCAACACUGCGAGCCUUGUUUUCAGGCCCACAGAAGCUCAUCCAAAAGCGCUAUGACAAGUUGUUGGACUAUAACAGCUACCUUCAGAGGUCAACAGGAGAAGAGCUGGACCUGGCAAAGAAAGACUAUGAGGCUCUAAAUGCACAGCUAGUGGAAGAACUUCAGGUAUUUAACAGAGCAGCCAAAAAAAUUCUGCUGAACUGCCUGCAUUGCUUCAUCACCCUCCUCAGGAAUAUUAUGUCUGCAGCACUUCAAUCAAAUUCUGCUGUGGUGGUGCCUGUUCCACUGUCUUCCACAAGCAUCUGUGAAGUGCAGAAUCAAUUGAUGGAAGAGGUUCACAAGCUGAAUUUUGUAAAAGAAAACAGCAGUGCCACUUUUAUUGAGAGAAAAUUGAGCUUGGAAAAAAAGAAAGUUGUCCCUUCUCCACUCGAAUCCCCACGUCAAACAGAAGACCACAGGUCCAAGCUGCUGUCUACAUACAGCACAGAAGUGCUAUACCAAGCUAAGCGCAAGUGCAAUGCCACACAGGAAUUUGAUAUUGAUUUACAUGAAGGAGAACUGGUGGCUGUUGUGGAGCAAAAGGACCCCUUCGGAAGUAUGAGCAGAUGGCUUGUUGACACAGGAAUUCUUAAAGGGUAUGUGUAUUCCUCCUUCCUGAGGCCUUACAAUCCAGCCAAAAUGCAGAAGGACAUGGCAGAAACCAGCUUUGAUGGUGAUGAUUUUGAUAAUAUCAGCCUCUUUGUCUCUUCACGGCCCUCUACUGACAGCAGCACAAGAAGUCCAGGGCACAAGAAGAGUGACAGCACCUCAUCUCUUCAAUUCUGCAAAAAUCCCACAAUUAAUGGCACAGGGACCGAUGCUUUUCAGGAUACGGAUGAUCAUGUAUGUAUGGCACACACUGUGCCUGUCUUCUUGUUCCUAUUUCAAAUCUAGAAUUAUAAUUUAAAUGUUUUCCUUUACACCAGAAAAACUGGCAGUAAUCUGUUAGUAUGACAUGGGAAUUAAUUAUCCUCUGUUCUUUGCCUUUCUUAAAUAGCUACAGGGUAGGAAAAGAUAAUCAGUUAAACUGUGAAUCGCAGUCCUUGCUUACAGAAUACACACCCCACCUCAUGUCCAACAGGUCAAGGUUCUCCUAUGGAGCAGGUACCUGCAAAACAGCUCAGCUGGGGGGAUUUUUUUCACUUACUAUUGAUAAGGAAGCUGUGGAAAUGCUGAUCAGCAAGGCACAGAAGUUAUAGACGGGUGCCACAUUUGAGUACAGGAGCUUUAGGAAAGGCGGUUCGCCCUGACAAAACCUUGGUGGAAAUUUCUCCAUCCAGUUCCAAGGCUGCUUGGUGUGACAGAAAUAGACACCUGGUGUGAGCUGACAAGCUUACUAGUGUAGUAUUGUGACGAGGUCUCAGAGCUUGAUUUGUUCCUCCCCAUGCAGAAUUCCCCAGAUCCUUCAAUUUUACUUUUGAUUUUGGCCCUGUUCAUUGUAGCGUGUCUAGCAACUGCAGACCACAUAGUUCCGUACUGGUUUGUAUACAUUAUUACGCAUUUUCUGCAUACAGAAUUCAUACUAAUACACAAUGACAAAGUAAGAUGUGGCUACAUUUCUGAAUUCAGAUAUUGUUUUUUGUGGAUUUUGUUUUUCAGACCUUCUAUGCUGUUUAUGCAUUUCAAGCAAGAAAUGAUCAGGAACUCAGUCUUCAAGAGUACCAGAAGGUUAGGAUACUUCAGUUUUCUGACCUGAGUGGCAAUAAAGAAUGGUGGCUAGCAGAAGCAAAAGGUCAAAAAGGGUAUGUACCAUCCAAUUAUCUUGGGAAGAUGACAUAUGCUUAGGAACAGAAAGGCCCAUUGAGCCAGUUUCCCUGAAGUAGACAGAAUAAUCAUCUAUCAUGGUUUGCAGCAAGCAAGACAAACUCACAAAUGAUUGACAGAAGCCAUAGUAUCUGGUACAGCACACAGGUGAUAUUGAGAACCUCCAUCCUCUAAAAGCCAUCACCUUGUCAAGACCUGAGGGAGGAAACACUUCACAGGAAGACUGAUUCUGAUUAACAUCCCAAAGAAGUUGCUUUUCUAUUACCCCAUAAUUUUCUCUUUUGUCAAAGCAUCCUACAUCAAGAGUAAACCUGCAAGUACAAAUUACAGGUAAAAUUAUGUUUUUCUUCCAUGAUAUUUAGCAAAUAAUAGUCAAGAUGAAGAGAAUUAACCUUGGAAAAGGACAAAUUCAGACUUCAGGGAUGCUGUAGUUCUGCCUUAAUUGUUCCUGAACCACUAUAUCAAUGAACGCAGACACUUCUUAGAUUUCAUGCUUUUUGAUUGUCUGUUUUUAUCCUCAGCCACUUUUGUAAUGAACUUUUUUCUCAGUGGAAAUUAUUGGAGUUGGAAAAGAAAAUGGGUUUUAUUUUUGUAUGAAACAUUUCAACUUAAAAUGUAUGAAAUGCGGUGUACCAGUGGCUGGUCCCAGGGCAGAAAGUAUAUUUAGUUAAAUAUGGGAAUGGGGGCAGGGAAAGAGAGGGCACAAGAAACAGGUACUGUGAAACAAAAUUUAUAAUUUUUAAAAGAAUUACACAACUACUUCAUAUGGUAGGAAGCAGUUUCAACAAUAUGGAAGUGCCUCAGGUUUGAAAUUCCACGUAUGUCUCUACACUAAGUGCUUUAUAGCAAGUAGUGAAUUGAAACGUGUUAUCGGACUUGGGAAAUUUAUUAAGAUAAAAAAAGUAAAGUCAAGCAGUGCCUUUCAAUGAAUAUAUACUGCCUAUCUGAUUCCUUAGGUCAGCUACAGGGAUCAUAAUGUCUAGUAAAUAAGCUAAGACUUAAGAUUCAUCGAAAGUUCUCUGCCAGAAAAAUAAGGAAAUCAUUCUUCCCAAAGUGUCUGACAUUAGAUUGAACAGUGAAGAAUGUGUCCAUGAGCUGAUUCACUGUUUACAGAAUUCAGAAUCAAAAGCCCUGUAUUUUGCUAAAGUAUCUUCAAAAUGGUCAAGGCUGUUUUAACAAAUUAAUAUAGUUCACAUUGCAUCCUCAAUGAGCAUAGAAAACAAAAAAUCCCAAGGAAGAAUCUGAAUGUCAAGUUCAUUAGGUUCA